CCCGGCGCGACUGCUGCGCGUCAUGUCCAGAGAAGGGACGCCGGCGGCGUCGCCGGUGCCGCCGGCGGCGUCGCCGGUGCCGGCAGAGCACCAAGUGGAUGAUCAUGGGUUGGCACAGAGGAUCCAGCAGGUCUUUGACCGCUUCGAUAAAGAUGGCGGUGGUUCAUUGGACCGGACGGAGCUACAGUCAGUUUUCAAGACUUUGUGUCCAUCUUUCACCUCCAAACAAAUCACGCAGUAUGUGCACGAGCUUGACAGAGGUGGCGAUGGCUCAGUUUCGCACUCUGAAUUCAUUCAUUGGAUCAAAAAUGGAAGUGGAGCCGCAACUGAAGUGUACAAGAUGAUCCUGAAAGAGACAGGAGAUGCGAUGUCUGCUCGAGUCAGAGAAGUGUUUCAAAGGUUUGACUCAGAUGGUGGCGGCUAUUUGGACCGCGAUGAGCUCGCACGAGUUUUCCGCACGUUGAACUCGGAUUUUACCUUCAAAGACGUUGACGUCUUAUGCAAAGACCUGGACAGAGGUGGCGAUGGAAAGGUCUCCCACAAAGAAUUCCUGCAUUGGCUGAAGAAGGGCAACGAUUUGACUCAGGCAGUCACACGAGCGAUCUUGAGGGAGACCGGUGAAGCAAGAGACGAGCGCAUCAAAAAGGCCUUCCAAACCUAUGAUGCGACUGGCGAUGGAUCCUUGAACAUCGAGGAAUUGCGAAAGGCUCUGAAGGUCUUGGGCACUUUUUCAGAAGACGAAGCAAAAAAGAUUUGCGCGGACCUGGACAAAAGCAAGGAUGGAGAGGUCUCCUAUGCAGAGUUUGCAGCUUGGAUUAAAGCUGGGCAUGGGCCGAAGGAGGCGAUGAAAGCUAAAGCCAUCCUGGCUCCUGCAGACAACGAUGGUUUGGAAGCGGUGUUUUACAAUUUUUGCGGCGUUGGUCAUUCCGACAUGGAUGGCAAGGGCUUUAAGAAACUCUGCCAAGACUGCAGCUUGAUGGAUAAGAAGCUGGACACCACCACAGUAGAUCUCAUCUUCGCCGACAACAGGGUGAAACCUCGAGGCACCAAUCGGAUCGACUUUUACCAAUUCGAAAUUGCAUUGGAACUGGUUGCGGAGAAGAAGGCGGUCAGCAAGACGGAUGUGAGAUCCGCCAUGAUUGCGCAGGGGACUCCCAAAACGGUGAAUGCCACAUCCACGAAUCCUACCCUGAAAGCGAGACCCAAAGACAAUGCGAGAUUAGUUAGUGAGAAACGAAUUGCUGCAAUUUUGAGAAGAUCUCCUCGGGAAUUGGGAAAGAAUUCUUGGAAGAAGGAAAUUGACAACACUGAACUUUGGAAGGUCUUCGGCCUGGAUUCAAAAGCAGGACGCAUAUUAAAGCGUGUUUAUACCAAUCCAGUGCAACAGAUGUCAGCUUCCGCGUCUUCCAGAAUGCGCACCCCUCAAUCGAGUCGGAUGCGAUCUCCCGCCUCAAGGGGGCGUCCGAAUGGGCAGAUGGGUGGCCUCUCUGGAAUGAAAGAGGAGCAAAUUGAAGACCUUUCUGGCAGCUUGAACGGAUCUAGCAUGAAAUUGCAAUGAUUUUUGCCUGGCACUCAGUUGUGGAACUGAUCACCGCAAUUUCGGUCUGCCUUGAUUUGACGCUAGCUUUCUUAGGUUUGUCUGUGGAAAGCCUGUAUUCUAUGCGGUGGAUGUGAAUUUCUAGAUCCCAUGACCUACAUCCGCACAAAUGUCAGCUGCUGCAGAAUGUACGGCUGAUUUUACCAAUUGACCGUGCACUUUCAGGUUUGGAUUGCAGGAAAAGCUCAUGUUGUUAAUAGUGCUUCAUUGUAGAGCUCUUCCGGGCAUAAAAACCUGAAAGCAAUUUUCAGCACGUGGAUGAAAACGGUGGAGCUUCAGAAUCACAGUUCUGCAAUGUUCUGAAUGUAUCUAUGCUUG